CCCUUUCUUUAUCCAUCUGCAUUUUUGCAAAGCGAGAAAACCAAAGUUUUUGCAAAAAGUCCAUUGUUUCAUUUUACAUAGCCCUGAGACCCCUCUUCCGUAUUUUCCCAGCGGCUCCGCGACUUUGAGACACGAAACGUGUGACGAGCGUCCCACCUGCGACACAAGCUUCUUCUUGUUAUUAUUCUACGACUAGGGAUUUGGUGCCUUUUUACAGCUGCUACUAUCGAUUUAAUUACCUGGAGGAGAGAGAGAAUUUCAGCCCCGUACGUUAUUUCGAACUUGUCGACGGGUUACCCCAUGUAUAGGGGAAACUGAGGCUAACUUUUUGACUGUUUUGGGUCUUGUUUGAUUAGCCCAGCCUAGGGUCUUGCUGCUCUCUCUUUUAUCUUCUUCUUGCAGCGCAGCGCAAGCGUCUUCUUUCUUCUCUUUCUUCAUUCAUUUCUUUUUCGGUGUUGUGCGUGUGUGACUUUGCUACACUCUCUUUUUUUUAUUCCGUAUACUCGCUGGCGGGUGGUUUUUUCCAAUCUUUUAAUCAGUUUCUUCUAUUUUUACGGCGAUAUUGUUCUUUUUUCGCGACAAAUCGUAUAACGCUUCAUCACGACGAUAUUUCAUACUUUCAAUCUCAUCUGCUAAGAGAAGCAACAACAACAUUACAUCACCACAUUAAACCAAACCCGAAUAACCAUCUCAAAAAUGGGCAACAACCUCUCUUCCACGUUUGAGCCGGACCUGUCCAAGGUGGUCCUCAGCCCGACCGAUCGCCGCGCCGACAUCAUCCUCGGCGUCACGUGGCUGGUUGUCAUUUACAUGAUGGUCAUGAUCUGGACGACUUGCGCGCUGGUCGACAGAUGGAAGGGCCCGCAGGACAGGAUACGCGUUGGGGGCGGGCGGGUGUUGAUGGCGCUGGUCAUGUCGGCGGCGUGGCCGGCCGUGGUGAUUUAUCUGGCGAUGGCGAGUGGAUGAUUUUUUUUGAUUUGGGAUAUUUUCGAUGACGACAAAUGGAUGAUGGGAAUUUAGGAAACUGAAA